UCUGUGGUGGAAGCAUCUCGCUCUGGGUGAGUCUCUGUUUAUCCUGUGUUCGAGAGCCAGCCGCCGCCACACAGACACACACUCGCACACAGACACACACUCGCACACAGACACACACUCGCACUUCAGUUUUAUCCCCCGCUUUCUGAGGGACGUGAGGAGAGAUAACAGAUGAAGAAGGGAUAUCGAAGACCAGAGGAGCGCUAAGUUUUCAGACGAGCGAGGAGCUGAUUAUUUAGCGUGUUGUUUCUCCUGGCUGUUGCUGGUGACGGCUGAAUCUUCUCUCACUCCGUUCCUCCUUAAGGUAAGAAGAGCAGAAGAAAAAGAACAGCAGAGGAGUGGAGCGUCGGAUGAUGCGAGAGGAGGAGAGACUGCGUUUAUCUGCCACCUACGACAAAGUGUCACAGCUAAAGCCAUGAGUUGCACUGUUUCCCUUCAGGUUUAAGGAGAGGACGUGAAGUUAAAGUACUGGACUAUGAUUCUUAAAGAUGGAGUGUGCGUCUCGUCGUGGCCGCGUCGGCGAGCCGGGAGUCUCCUGCUCCUGAGCGUUUCUUUGCUGCUUCUCCAGGUCCAUGUUACGUCCAUGAAGAACUCACACUACUCCUGGAAAACAGGUCAGUGGGGUCGUUGUAAAGGAGAGGAAUGUGGCUCGAGCGGUGUUCAGUCCCGCAGUGUGUGGUGUGUUCACUCAGACGGCUGGCACACACACCACUCCAACUGCCAGCACUCUGUCAGGCCGGACACUCAGAGGCCCUGCUUCAAAGUGUGUGAGUGGCACCAGGACCUUUUCGAAUGGGACGUGUCUGAGUGGAGUUCCUGCUCUCUCUCUCUGAACUCUAAUGACGUGAGGACGCGACCUCUGGCAUCCGAGUGCAUCACGGCCCAGCACGGUAUUCAGAGACGUUCUGUACGCUGCAUCCGUGUGCUCAAUGGCACGUCUGUGUCUGAUCGGAUCUGUGAGUUCUUCUCCCCUAGGCUGCCUCUGGAACAGGCUUGUCUGAUCCCAUGUCCUCUGGACUGUGUGGUGUCUGAAUUCUCUUCAUGGUCACGCUGUAGCGGGAUGUGCGGGGUCGGAUUGAAGCACCGGACGCGCCACGUUCUCGCAGCUCCCGCGUACGGUGGAGCUGGAUGCCCCAAUCUGAGCGAAACACAGCCGUGUGAACACCCACUGCCAUGUCCGAUAGGUGAGGAUAGGAAUCUGUACAGCCUGAAGGUAGGAGCAUGGAGUGACUGUAGACUUCCACAGCAGAAAGAUGUGCUGAUGAAUGGGAGGACGACUCUGGAUUUUGGAGUUAAGGACAGGAAUAUGGUGAAGAGACAUGUUCAAGGUGCCCAAUACCAACACGCACACUAUGCGCAUCAACACCACCGAUAUCACGAUCAUCAAGAUCAAUUUCAACAAGUUUCCCAAGACCAAACCCAACAAAUCUAUCAACUAGACCAACAGCAACAUUACCAAACACCAACCGAUCACCAACAGCACCUGCAAGACCAAAACCACCUUCAACUUCAAGAGAAAAACUAUCCACGGAAUCCACAUCAACUACUUCAGUCAAAUCAAAGCCAGCAAGAUAAGGAACUUUAUCCAGACCAAACCCAACAAAUCAGGCAAAAGACCCAACACCACCUUCAUCAAGACCACGACCAUGUUCAUCAAGACCAACUCACCAACAACCACCAACUUCAUCAAAACCAGACUUACCGAAACCACGACUUUUCACAAAAUCACCUUCACCAACACCAUCAUCAACCCCAGCAGCAGCACUACGAGGCCUCUAGGUGGUGGGAUGUAGAGAUCGGCUACCAGACACGGCAGAUUCGCUGCAUGGCCAGUGAUGGAAAGAACUCUGUGCUGAGUCUGUGUUCUGGAGAUGACUCUCCUGCCUCGUCUCGCUCCUGCGUCAUGCUCAGAGACUGUCACACUUCUGAUUGGUCGUCCUGGAGCUCGUGCUCGAAGACCUGUCAAUCAUCUGAUCUGUCUCCUGGUUACCGUGUGAGGAGCCGAAGCAUGACACAGCCCAGUGUGGGACGAGGGAGAGAAUGUCCUGCCCUCCUGGAGAAAGAAGCCUGCAAUAUUAUUGGUGAUUUACUUCCCAAAUGCCCCAGGUACGAGUGGAGGAGUACAGACUGGAGCGAAUGCCGUAUCACUCCUCUCCUCAGCCUUCAGGAGAAGAAAGCAGUAAACAUCAGCACUCUGUGUGGAGGAGGAGUGCAGAGCAGAGAGACGUACUGCGUUCAGGUCCAAGACGAGACAACACCGAGACACGGGAGAGACGUCUCUCGGCCAGUCAGUGUAAGUCUGUGUGAGGAAACACUCAUCCCCUCAUCUGUCCGUUCCUGCUCUCUUCCCUGCACUCAGCCAUGCCUGCUGUCCUCCUGGUCUUCAUGGGGUUCCUGCCUGCCUGAAGACUGCAACCAGGGGAGGAGAGGCUACAGAGAAAGGAGAAGGCGAGUACUGGGAGAAGGAUCUGGAGGCUCCGACGAAUGUGGCCACCUGCUGGAGUUCAUUCCCUGUGAAGAUCCCGUGUGUUUCCAGUGGCGUGUUGAAGAUGAGGGAGUGUGCGUGCCUAACGACGGGACUUGCGGCUCUGGCAGCAGAAGUCAAACUGUGGCCUGUGUCAACUCUGAAGGUCUGGCUGUUGAGGCGGGGCUUUGUGAGGAAACCCCGCCCACUGUGGAGGUAGCCUGUGAGGUAGCGUGUCCCGGUGACUGUGUGAUCAGCUCCUGGUCUGAUUGGUCUCCAUGUUCUCACUCAUGUGCCAAGAAGAACACUGAGGGGAAGCAGAGUCGCUUUCGCACCAUUCUCGCUCUACCUGGGGAAGGGGAUAAAUCGUGUCCUCCUGCCCCAUCUUUGGAGGAGUGGAGAUCCUGUAACGAUAAUCCAUGUGUGGUGUUUUAUUGGGAAGUGUCUCCGUGGGGUCCGUGUGUCCCCGAUCCGUCCUUCUUCCUAAACAGAAGUGACGUUGGCGACGACACGACGAGCUGCUCAGCAGGGCUUCAGACACGCAAAGUCACCUGCAUGAAGAUCAAUGGAGGAGCUGUCACUGCAAAACGGUGUCCUGACUCAGCGAGGCCGAUCUCAGUGCAGUCGUGUGUGUUACCGUGUAAAAGAGACUGUGUUGUCACUCUGUUCAGUGAAUGGACGACCUGCCCUAACACCUGCUUACCUGCUAACGCGACCAUGCCCACUCAGUCGCGCUACAGGAUGGUGGUCCAGCGAGCAGUCGGCGGGGGUCACGAGUGUCCUGAUACCAUGUUUGAGGAGAGGGAGUGUGAACCACUUCCCGUGUGUCCCACCUACAGGUGGAGGACACACAAAUGGCAGCCGUGUACACUGGUGCCGGAGUCGGUCCUGCAGGGAACGCUAGGAGUGAGAGAAGCAUGUGGAAGAGGCUUGGAGAAGAGAGCACUGAGCUGUGUAGAUGAUGAAAACGAGCCAGUGGGCGUGUCUGAGUGUGUGCAGUGGGCGGGGACGACACCACCUCAAGUGCAGACCUGCUGGAUUUCUUGUAAGGACGACUGCACCUUCAGUCCCUGGUCCAAGUUUACAGAGUGUUCAGGCUGCGAAGGGACACGCACUCGCAAACGUAGUGUCACAGGGCGGAGCAGGAAGAGAGAACGUUGUCUUAAGGAGGACGUGUAUCCACUGGUGGAAUCUGAGCCGUGUGUGUGUGAUGAGUUGAUCUCAGAGCCAUGGGGGAACUGGUCAGUGUGUAUCCUUCCUAGUGCCACACCCCCUUUCUCAACACAUGGAUGGAGAGGUGGAAAGGAAGUACGUGAAUGUGGGCAGGGAAAACGCUACCAUGCAAUAGCCUGCCUUGACCAGAAGGGACGUCUCCUGGACCCAUCUCAGUGUGCCGAGACAGAACUUCAGGAGGAAGCAUGCUCCGUCCCUUGCCCCCUGGACUGUCGUCUUAGCGUCUGGUCCGCCUGGUCCCCAUGCAGUGUGUCCUGUGGCAGUGGACUGAGAGUUCGCUUCAGAUGGCUGCGGGAGAAACCGUUUAACGGGGGACGGCCGUGUCCAAAACUAGACCUGAAGAAUCAGGCUCAGGUGUCUGAGGUCGUACCAUGUCGGGGUGUGUGUGCAGUGUAUCAGUGGGUGACAGAGUCCUGGUCCUUCUGCUCCAUCAACACGGUGGAUGAAGGGAGCACAUGUGGAGAGGGAGUGCAGAGUCGCAAGAUCCGGUGUGUACUGCGUGGUGAUGGUGUUAAUGAGAGUCAUACUGUUAAUGACUCUCUGUGUGAUCAGGACGAUGCCCCUGCUCAAGCUCGCACUUGCAUACUGCCUUGUCCUGGUGACUGUGUAAUGUCUCCCUGGAGUCACUGGAGUUCAUGCCCCAUGUCGUGUGAUGUGAACUCUGUGAGGACGAGGACAAGGCAGAUGCUCCGGCCCCCCGUCGCCCACGCCACCUGUCCUGAGAGGAAUGAGACGGAGCUGUGCGUCGUGAACGCCAACUGUUUCACCUAUCGGUACAAUGUCUCCGGUUGGAGUAGCUGCAUGCUGAGUGAGCAUGCUGUGUGUGGUGAAGGGGCCAGGACUCGGCUGCUUGACUGUAUUCGCAGUGAUGGCAAACUAGUGGAUUUGAGUGUGUGUGAAGAGUUGGGUCUUCCUCAGCUGUGGAUGCUCAGUGAAACCUGCCGUGUGGAUUGUCCCAUCAGCUGCAUGCUUUCUGAAUGGACCCAGUGGACCGAGUGCUCACAUUCCUGUGGAAACCAGGGCCUGAUGUCCAGAUCUCGUCGUGUCCUCCAGAACGCUCACGAGGAAGGACGUCCGUGUCCGUCGCAGCUCUCGCAGACUAAACCUUGUCCCAUAAGGCCGUGCUACAGCUGGCUGCUGGGGGUCUGGUCAUCCUGCCACGUUGAGGGUGCGGACUGUGGAGACGGUGUGAGACGCAGGAACUUAUCGUGUGUUGUACACUGGGGUCAUUGGCCCGAAUCGGCCGGCCCGAGACCCGAUGUCCACGCGCCGGCUAUCAUAGUGGAGGACGAGAAAUGUGACG